AAUUGGGCGAGCCUAUCUUUUCCUGCCCCCUCUCUCCAUCGGUUUCUUUCUCUCUCUUUCCUCUCUUCUCUCUCGCUUUCUCUUUCUUUCUCCAUCACACCCACAAGGAAGUGAAAGAACCCUAGAGGCAGCAGUCCUCUUCAAGGUAAGCCCCCAAAGCUCUUGUUUUUAAUUGCCCAGAGCUUGUUGCUAGUGACCGCUCCAUGUUCCAAGAGAGGCCACAGAAGGAGGAUGAAUUUUUAUUUCUUGCCAUGGAUUGGCGAUUGGAGGGCAAUGGUGGAGAUGGGCUGACCAGAGCCGCAAAGAGAUUCACUUUUGCUCGUCCGGUUCCUGUAAUUGGAUUUAUUUGUUGGAGUCGCCGAGAUGGACGACGACGGCAGCCUAGGUAUUCGCAAUUGGGGCUUCUACGAGACGGUGAAAGGCAGUCUCGGCCUGCAGCUGAUGUCGUCGGUGGCCUCCGACCGGGACACGAAGCCACUGCUCCCAAACGGCAGUACCUUCUUGCAGCACCAUGGGCAUCACAAUGCCCCGCACCAGCAACACCCACAACAUUUGCACCAUCCCCGUGACUGUGGCGGUGCCUCUGGCGGCAUGCCCACAGAGCCGCCAUCUGUACACAUGGACUUUGUGCGCAAUGAAGCUUGGUUGCACCCCUCGCAGCAUCAGCAUCCCCGUCAACAGAAGGUCCUUCACCAUCUCCCUGUUGGACCAGUUGGACAUGUUGGCCAUCCUGCCGUGCAUCACCACCCUACUGGCUAUGGGAUGAUGACGGACCCACAUGGCGUGCACACUCUGCAGAUGAUGCAGCCACAGGCACAGGCACAGGCACAGGCACAGCCGCAGCCGCAGGAUCCUCCUCCAUCGAAGGAGGAGAGCAUGCCACCACCGCUUAUUGAGGACCAUUCUGUGGUAAAGAAUGAACCGCCAGUGAAGAAGAGGCAGCAACGUCGGCAACCUAAGUCACCAAAGCCAAAGAAGCCUAAGAAGGUUGCUGCUCCGCGGGAGGAUGGGGUGCCCAAUAGGCCUGCGCCCCGAGGAAGGGGACCAAGGAAGACCGUGGGCAUGGUGAUUAACGGUAUUGAUUUGGACCUUUCAAGGAUAGCAACACCUGUGUGCUCAUGCACUGGAGCUCCCCAGCAAUGCUACAGGUGGGGUGCAGGUGGCUGGCAGUCUGCAUGCUGCACCACUUCUAUUUCGAUAUAUCCACUGCCAAUGAACGCGAAGCGUCGGGGCGCACGCAUUGCUGGAAGGAAGAUGAGCCAAGGUGCAUUCAAAAAAGUGCUUGAGAAGCUAGCUGGCGAAGGCUACAACCUUGCUAAUCCGAUUGACUUGAAGACCUUUUGGGCCAAGCAUGGCACAAACAAGUUUGUAACGAUCAGGUAAAAGACAUGUCAUGUCGCCUUGUAGGUUCCAAUGAUGCAGCUUGCCCUGAUUUGUUGUCUGUAUGUACUCUAUGUGCCAAUCUGCGGAAGUUUUUAGAAGUAGCUUUGUAGCCAUGUUCAGUUUCUUGGACUAAAUUUACAUGCCCAUCUCAGAGCUUUAGAUAUCGACUUUAUGGAAGUUGGUCUGUAUCGGUUCACAAAAAUUGUAGCAUAAUGACAACAGUCUCUAAUUUAGAUGGCAUGAAAUUUAGUGCAUCCAAUGUCAGUGUUCGUAAAAGCUAAUGGCAUUAUAUGGAGUUUUUCUCUUGUGAAAGACUAUUGCAGCA